CAGUGGUGGCAAGGUUCGGCCAUUGCGGGAGCACCUCACAAAUCACAAUCAAUCCACAAAUUCCCAAUUUUUUAUUAGGGUUUUCAACUGGAUGAUACCACUUAAAGCGCAUGUCUUUCAUAUUCUAUACAUUCCUCAGGAAUUCGCUCUUGGGGUUCAGCUUUUCCAGCUGAAAGUCCUCAAAUCCUGUUUGGUUCCCGAGAAAAUUUGGGGAUGAGAGAAAGAAGGGUGAGGACUUCGAAUCUCUGUUCUGGGUUUUAUCGAAACUUCAAUUCCAGACAAGGGUAGGUUCUACUUCGCGGAUAUUUGACGUGGGUUUUACUUCACAUAAAUUUUCUUUUCUUUUCUUUUCCGCUUUCCUUGAUUUUCUCGGCAUCCAAACGGAGUGGAAACUGGGUUUUCUUAGUUGAGAAGUUUUGGGAUUCGACUGAAGAAAAUGGCCUCUGCCCAGGGGAUUGUUUCGCUGACUCGGUUGUGUUUUGCGGUUAAACGGCAACGUUUUAUCGGUCGCCAGGGGUUCUCGGCUCAAUCUUGCGCUAGGGUUUUUCCCAUAAUCUGCAAACAUCAAAAACCCAUCUUGGUCGUUGCGAAAUCAAGCAAAGUUCGAGACUUUAGGGUUUUCAAUUCGGUUCAAUUGGACCAGUUCCUGACCAGCGACUACGAGGACGAAAUGGGUGAAGGUUUCUUCGAGGCAAUUGAGGAAUUGGAGCGAAUGGCAAGGGAGCCGUCCGAUGUUCUUGGGGAAAUGAACGACCGGUUGUCGGCCAGAGAGUUGCAGCUUGUGUUGGUGUAUUUUUCCCAGGAGGGGAGGGACUCGUGGUGUGCCCUUGAGGUGUUUGAGUGGCUCCGAAAGGAGAAUCGGGUCGAUAAGGAGACGAUGGAGCUCAUGGUUUCCAUAAUGUGUAGUUGGGUCAAGAAAUUGAUUGAGGGGGAGCAUGACAUUGGGGAUGUGGUGGACCUUCUUGUAGAAUCGGACUGCGUGGGUUUGAAGCCGAGUUUUAGCAUGAUGGAGAAGGUCAUUUCUUUGUAUUGGGAGAUGGGUGACAAGGAAAAGGCGGUUUUGUUUGUGAAAGAGGUGUUGAAGCGUGGAAUUACGUAUUUGGAGGAAGAUGAUACGGAUGGGCAUAAGGGAGGGCCAACUGGCUAUCUUGCUUGGAAGAUGAUGGUCGAGGGUAACUAUAGGGAUUCUGUGACAUUUGUGAUUCAUCUAAGAGAAUCAGGGUUGAAGCCAGAGGUCUACAGCUACCUCAUUGCAAUGACAGCUGUGGUUAAGGAACUAAAUGAACUUGCGAAAGCUUUACGCAAGUUGAAAGGUUUUGCAAGGGCUGGGCUGGUAGCUGCAUUUGAUACAGAAAAUAUUGGGCUUAUUGAGAAGUAUCAGUCUGAUCUUAUAGCUGAUGGAGUACAACUGUCCAAUUGGGUGAUUGAGGAGGGAAGUUCUUUACUCCAUGGGGUGGUUCACGAGAGGCUUCUGGCUAUGUAUAUCUGCUCUGGACAUGGACUUGAGGCUGAGAGGCAGUUGUGGGAAAUGAAACUUGUUGGUAAAGAGGCAGAUGCUGACCUUUAUGACAUUGUUUUAGCUAUCUGUGCUUCCCAAAAGGAGGCUAAUGCCAUAGGACGGUUGCUUACUGGAACAGAUGUUUCCAGCUCUCUGCGUAAAAAGAAAAGCCUAUCGUGGUUGCUUAGAGGUUACAUUAAAGGGGGACAUUUUGACGAUGCUGCAGAAACAGUAAUAAAAAUGCUUGAUUUGGGUUUGCACCCGGAGUUUUUGGACAGGGCAGCUGUGCUGCAGGGACUACAGAAAAGGAUCCAACAAUCUGGCGGUGUAGAUACUUACCUCAAACUUUGCAAGCGCCUCUCAGAUAGCAAUUUGAUUGGGCCGUGCCUUCUAUAUCUGUUUAUAAAGAAAUAUAAGCUCUGGAUCAUAAAAACGCUUUAAAGGUCAUUGACAACAAGUUACGAGAAUUCAAAUUAUAGUUUUGUUGGUAAACAUAUUGUAGCACCGGAACCUAAAUUCGGGUGCUUUUUACGUGUUAAUUUUGUAUAGUUAUGGUUGGGUAUGAGAUUUGGCCGUGAUUUGGGAUGGCCGAAUCGCAGAGGCAGGUUAACUGUGAUGUCCGAAAGUUUCUCUCGGGGAUCUUGCACUCGUGUAUAUGGUCGCUGCUGUAAACAUAAUUAUGAAGCUACAACUCUAUGUAAUUAAGUAGCCGUCGUAUAAAUCCUACAGGUAUGUUUCACCGGUUUCUUGU